AUGGAUAACAAUAAUCUCCAAACCAGCACUCUCAACGGGGAUGGCAACACCAUAACUCGAAGCUCUCUCACCAACUGCACUAUCAACAAUUCCUCCGUGAAGCGAUCAACACUCAGCGACUGUGUACUAUCGAAGAUGGAAGAUGUGAGCCGGAUCGCAGCUCAAAAAUCCCAUUUCCAUGACGCGGCCCUUGUCGAGCGCAGCGAUAUCACAAAUAGCACUAUCCAAACCCAAAGCUCGGUGCAACAGUCAUCAAUUAUACAGUCAAUUAUUCAGAACAAGAGCACCGUAAAGCGAAGUGCGGUGACCGACACGACAGUCUCAAAUAGUCAACUUCAGAGAGCUACCUUGACAAAUUGCGUUGUCACCGAGUGCGUUAUCGAGCGGUGUGACUUCCAAGGACUGGUUCUCAAAUAUGGCAUUUGGAAGCGAAAUGAAUUGGUUGGGAGGACUGGGAAUCGUGAUCCUAUUUUUAUUAGGAACUAUGGCUCGAAGGACGGGCAAUCCGCAUCUGGGCUCGUUAGGUCUACCAUUUCUGGAUUAGAUCCUAGCCUUCUUGCUCGACAGGAUGUCUGUCCGCCUCGCUAUCAUGUUAAUUCGGAUGCUGGUGGGGAUAUCCUAGUUGAUUCUGGUCUUGAUCUGCCUCCGAGCUAUACGCCCUAG